CUGGCGGUUGUGUGCAAAAUCGUGAACAGCUGUCGUCCGUGUGGCCUGUGUCAAUUCUUGGCAGGGGUUAUCCUGCGUGUCUACGUGAACGUGUUAGGCCUGUUCUCCUCCGGAUUGCGGUACUGACGCUUGACUGAGCUGUUCAGCGAAAGCUGUCUUUGCGGUCGCGACGAUUUACGUGUGAUCUAGGCAACGACACGACAGCAUCAUGGCGUUCGCCGGGCUCAAGAAGCAAAUCAACAAAGCGAAUCAGUACAUGACAGAGAAGAUGGGCGGAGCGGAGGGAACAAAGCUCGACGUUGAUUUCGUGGAUAUGGAGAGGAAAACAGACGUCACGUACGAACUUGUGGAGGAGCUACAGAUGAAGACGAAGGAGUUCCUUCAACCAAACCCGACAGCAAGAGCGAAGAUGGCUGCAGUCAAAGGUAUCAGCAAGCUCAGCGGUCAGGCAAAGGCGUCCACUUAUCCUCAGCCGGAAGGUGUACUUGGCGAUUGCAUGCUCACUUAUGGCAAGAAAAUGGGCGAAGACAGCAUUUUUGCCCAGGCUCUUAUUGAAAUGGGCGAAGCCAUGAAGCAGAUGGCAGACGUGAAGUAUUCUCUGGACGAUAACAUCAAGCAAAACUUCCUCGAGCCGUUGCACCAUCUGCAGAUCAAAGAUCUCAAAGAAGUGAUGCACCAUCGGAAGAAACUGCAAGGCCGUAGAUUGGACUUUGAUUGCAAGCGAAGACGCCAAGCAAAAGCGACUGGAAAAAGAUCCGUCAGUCCGCAUUUUGGAAGUCCUGCGCGAUUGGGCAUCUCGUCGCCAUAUACUGGUUCUCACGUUUCAGACGACGAGAUUCGUCAAGCUGAAGAGAAGUUCGAGGAGAGUCUCCAUUUGGCACAGAUGGGCAUGUUCAAUUUGCUGGCGAACGACAUCGAGCAAGUAGCACAAUUGGCAACUUUCAGCGAGGCUCUUCUUGAAUAUCAUCAACAAUGCACUGAGGUCCUCAGGGGAUUGACGGAAACACUCUUGGAAAAGAAAGAAGAGGCCGUACACAGACCAAAGAUGGAAUUUGUGCCGAAGACACUGGCGGAUCUGCAUGUGGAUAGUGGAUUGCCGUCGGACCAUAUGAACGGGGCAAGUCGGGCCGGCUCUCCGAUUCAUGCGGACGGGAAGCGCUCGCAGCUCGAGCUAUUUCCGGCCGGAAACCCGCCACAAUCUACCAAUGCUUCACCCUUGCCCUCGCCGAGCAAAUCACCAGCGAGAACGCCGAUGACACAGAGAUCGCCGUGCUGCACAGCUCUGUACGACUUCGAGCCCGAGAAUCCUGGGGAACUUGGAUUUAAGGAAAACGACACGAUCACCUUGACCCAAAAGAUCGACGAGAAUUGGUUUGAGGGCAGUCUGGACGGUCGUACCGGUUACUUUCCUGUGACCUAUGUGCAGGUCGUAGUGCCAUUACCCUAAGAGGACGCCGCGCAUCUCGAAGCCAAAGACCCAGCGUAUUCGUUCACUAGCGUCUACCAUUACAGGAUUACUCUGCUCUCCAGCUAGCCUAAAACCUAGACGACCUUUCGACGACCUAUCUUUAUCUAUCUAUUGUCACUUACGUUGCGAUUUCCAGCUUACGCCCAAGACACGAUCCCGAGUUUCUCUAGACUUUUCUCCGCGUCCUCUACACAGAGACCCCUUUCCCCCUCCCUGCAGACCCAAGAAUAGACCUCUGUUACGCAUGUUAAUGUACAUAUAUAAUGUUAUAGUGUAUUUUAUCGACGUAAGGACCUUCGCGCGCGCAGAGAUAUACACAAUACACACAAAUGCAUACCCAGGAAGUACGUGCAUAGAUACAUAUAGACGUAUUAUUACAUACAUAUACAGAACACA